AUGUGGAGAGAGACAACAUCGUUGGUGGUACUGCUACUUAUUCUAUUCCACCAUAUUUCUGCUACCAAACAACACCUUUGUCCCCCUUCUUCCUGUGGCAACAUCCCCAACAUCACUUAUCCAUUUCGAUUACAAGGUGACCCAGACAAUUGUGGUGACCAAAGUUAUGAGCUUGGUUGUGAGAAUAAUGUUACGGUGUUGUAUCUGAACUCUGCACAGUAUCAUGUGCAGGCAAUCAACUACAACAACUACACAGUGAGAGUGGUUGAUCCUGCACUCCAACUCCAUAACUGCUCCUCCCUUCCUCUACGUUCUCUCUCUCGCUCCAAUUUCUCUGAUACUUACUCUCAUACUUACACUUACUCCACGCAUCAAUACCAAGCCCGUCUAGAUCCGCAUCGUAAUUGGGCAUCUCUGAGUUUCGAGCAUAUAGUGUUUUUGAACUGUAACCAUUCAGUGAGAGAAAAUGAGAAGUAUGUGGAGAGUGGUGAGUGCGUGAAGUGGGACUCAAAAGGCUAUGCAUAUGCUGUUGUUGGUGACCUAAAAGCUGAGGACUUAGAAGUUGGGUGUGACGUGAAGCUUGUUGCUCCCACAUCGUUCAGGACUUUCAAUAACCAUUCCUACGCUGCCAUGCACAGGGCUCUCGCCUAUGGAUUUGAGAUCUCUUGGGUUAAAGUCGCCUGUCAGAAUCAUUGUAUUGAAAAGUUUUGCUAUUUCGACUCUUCACGCCAGAAGCUUCUUUGUCCAUUAGGUGCGUUAUAUAUUAACUUUCUCUACUUUUCAGGUUGUUCACGUUAUUGGCUGACGUGGCUAGGACCAGAGUUGACUAAGGAUGGUCGCGCCAAUGAGGGCUUGACAUAUGGCAACCCCUUUCUUCACCUAAAAGUUAGGGUUUCAGAUUUGCAUCUCCAGAUUGGGGAAAAACUUGCUCUAGUGCCGUCAUGCGAGAAUAGGGUUUCUCCUUCACGAUGGAUAUGGUGCGGAGGAGAAGCUUGCGGAGAGGCGCUGGUGGGACGGUUGAAGAUGAUUGCGUUAUUUGGCUUUGCGUUUCUGCGAUUUGGGUUUUGCUCGCGAGAGGUUGAUGGUGGCAGGUGGAGAAUGAAGAAGCUUCACGACAACGUUGCUCAAAGGCGCGAGGAACUCGCUAUUCAGUUUCGCGAUGUUUGUAGCGGAGUGUUUAGAACAACGGCACAACCAUUUGGUUUUGUCAUUCUGCAAUUGGCGGUUAACAAAAUUUUGUUUGGAUUGCCAUUCUUAAUUGUGAUUUUAAUAUGUAAAUGGAGGAAAAGACAUGCAUCAAUAUAUGAAAAUAUUGAAAAUUAUCUUGAACAAAAUCACUUAGCACCUAUCAGAUACUCAUAUAAGGAAAUUAAGAAGAUGACAGGAAGUUUCAAACAGAAGUUAGGUGAAGGAGGAUUUGGCUCUGUGUUUAAGGCAAAGUUGCGAAGCGGACCUUCCGUGGCAGUCAAAAUGUUAGGCAAAUCUAAAGGAAAUGGACAAGAUUUUAUCAAUGAAGUUGCAACUAUUGGAAGAAUACAUCAUCAAAACGUGGUACAAUUAAUUGGAUUUUGUGUCAGUGGUUCAAAGCGGACUCUUGUUUAUGAAUUCAUGCCCAAUGGAUCUCUAGAUAAAUUUAUAUUUUCAAGAAAUGGAAAUAUAGAAUUUAGCUAUGAAAAAAUAUAUAAGAUAUCGAUUGGAGUAGCUCGUGGAAUUGCUUAUCUCCAUCAUGGGUGUGAGAUGCAGAUUUUGCAUUUUGAUAUCAAACCCCAUAACAUCCUAUUGGAUGAAAACUUCAUCCCAAAGAUUUCUGACUUUGGAUUAGCAAAGUUAUAUCCAAUAGAUAAUAGCUUCAUCACAAUGACAGCAGCAAGAGGAACCAUUGGAUAUAUGGCUCCAGAAUUGUUUUACAAUAAUAUUGGGGGAAUAUCUCACAAAGCUGAUGUUUAUAGUUUCGGAAUGAUGUUGAUGGAGAUGGCAAGCAAGAGGAAAAAUCUAAAUCCCAAUGCAGAAUAUUCAAGUCAACUUUAUUUUCCCCUUUGGAUAUAUGAUCAUAUUAGAGAUGAGGAAGAUAUAGAUAUAAAGGAUUUGAUGGAAGAGGAAAAGCUAAUAGUAAAGAAAAUGAUCAUAAUUGCACUUUGGUGUAUACAGUUAAGACCAAAGGAUCGUCCAUCAAUGAAUAGAGUAGUGAAAAUGCUUGAAGGAGACAUUGAAGAUUUAGAAAUACCUCCAAAACCUACUUUAUUUCCUGAUGAAAUGAGUUUAGAGAAUCAAACCGCCAGUUCUAUCUAAAUAAUUUUGAAAGAAUUCAUCUGCGGGGAAAAAGAGGUUGAGAAUUCGUAUUGCAGUGGUGAAAAAUUAGAAAAAGGGGAAGCAGGUGAAAUUUUAUAUUUGUAGUUCUUUAAUCAAUGAUAAACAUGUUUUGAUAUCUACAAUUCUACUGCUGAACUUUUAUUGUUCCUGUUAUUUGAAUAAUAGGUGUAAAUGUUUUUUAAAUAAGAUGCUUUCUGUAGUAGUGUAGUGCAACUUCUUAUUAAUCCAUGUAAAAUAAAUUAAUUCAAUCUUUCGAUAAAGUAUAUUAUUUAAAAUGCACACCAUAGACUGUGUGAAGUUAAGCUUGUCAAGAUCUAACAAUGGUUAACUUUAUACUUUAAAGUCAUUAUUUA